AUGUCGCAAAAGUCCCAGUCCCUACUCGAUUAUCUAGUGCAAAAUGAGCCUUCCUUCCGCAAAGCCCGCCUGCCAGCCCUCUACUCCUCCUUUGCAGCCCAGCGAACUCUGAAUCCCGACGGCUAUGCUGCCAACCUCUUCGCCUGGCGGCGCGCCCUCGCCAAAGUUGCGAAAUCCGGACUCGCACCUCCACCCACGUCAUCCAGCAAACCUUCCCUGCUCGUAUUAAACACAGACGAGAGGCUAGUAAGUGCCUUCGAGACGAAACAGUACGGCCGCCCACUAUCACUGGGGCUGGUGAUCAAAGAGGCGGUGGAAAACAAGGAGUUGGUGCCACUGAGGCAGUUCCUCGAGCAGAAGGAGAGCAUCUACUCCCGCUCUUGGUCGGUAUGGGGAUUAGCGGGGUGGGUCCUCAAGACGGCGGGUGUGACUGAUUUCCUGAAGGGUAGCGGGGAUAAAGUACCAAAGGGGCAAUUUGUCGUAGUGGAAAAUGUCGAGGGGGCAGGCAAGGCUUUUGGCGAGGGGAUCAAGGACAAGGAGGGGCGGUUCGAGAGGACGUUUACCAGGGCGCAUUUUGCCAAGGUUUUCAAUGAUCAGCUUGUCGAAGGGGGCAGGGAGUUGUCAGAUACUGAUAUGGAUGUUUUGCUGGUUUUCUUGGCGAGGGAUAAGCAAAUGAUAGACUAUGAUGGGAAGACGGUCAAGAUCAGGGAUGGGGAGGGAGAGCCAGAGGGCUUGACGGACGAGGACGCGUCGAUUGCUCAGCUCAAGGAGUUGCUGGCUUCUUUGACGCAUCAAACGCUCCUUUUGUCCAAGCGGGUCGAGGAACUGGGCGCACAGGCCAAGGAGGCGGUCACGAAACAAAACAGAGUGGCGGCGUUGGCGGCGCUCAAGAGCAAGAAGCUGGCCGAGCAAACGCUGGAAAAGCGGUAUGCCACUGUCAACCAACUGGAGCAGGUACAGACUCAACUCGAACAAGCGAGCGACAAUGUCCAGAUUGUCAAGGUCAUGGAGUCGUCAUCAGACGCUCUCAAGAGCACUCAACGGCCCAAGGUGGGCGGCGUCUGA